CACCAAAAGAAAGCUCUCCCGCACAGACCAGUUCCCGCGGCCGCCAGCUCGCCUCUGACUGGUCGAAACAGACGCGUUUCAACAUGCACGUUUUACCCGUUGCUGCCAGCUUACGUAGCACGACUCUACAUCCAGUAACAAACACCAAGCACCAGUUUCGGCUCAUCCGCCAGCUUCAUCCCACUCCGCCAUCACUUGCUCCCUCCGACCCUCCCUCUCGUCUCGACGGCCUCGAGCACGGGGAGCAUGCGCGAGUCACAUCGUCUCCCGCGCGGGUCAUACGGCUGUCACAACUCCCCCUCUACGCCCAUGCCCUGAUGGUCCGACUCUCCCUUUUCCGCCUACCCACCAAGCUUCGGCGCAGGGUCAGGCGCAACCGCAUGGCCACCCUCCUCAUCCUCAUCGCCCUCGUUGGCCUCCUGGUGGUUCCCUUGUACACCGCCUACUGCAUCUACAAGCCUCCGCGCUAUCUGAUCAGCUACCUCCGCUCCGCCUUCCCGGAUGUCCUGUGGGAGGAGACAACCAACGAGAAGAUCAUCGCCCUCUCCAUCGACGAUGCGCCCUCCACCCACACCGACGAAAUCAUGCAGGUUCUUCAGGAGAAUGACUCCCACGCCACCUUCUUUGUCAUUGGGUCCCAGGUUGAAGGGAGGCAAGAUAAGCUGCAGAAAUUAGUACACGAGGGCCACGAAUUGGGCAACCAUGCUAUGCACGACGAGCCCUCCCGCUCCCUCAGCAACGACAUAUUGCUGAACGAGGUCUAUACCGUCAAGGAGAUGCUGACGGCUGCCUACGAAGCUGAGGGAAAGAUUCUCCCCAACAAUUACUUCCGCCCAGGGUCGGGCUUGUUCAAUUGGCGCAUGCGCGACCUGUUGGGAAAUAGGGGGUUCCGCAUCACUCUGGGAAGCAUCUACCCUCACGACCCUCAGAUCCCAUACCCAGAUAUCAACGCGAAACAUAUCCUUAGCAUGGCUCAUCCUGGCGGAAUCAUCAUCUGUCACGAUCGGAGGUCGUGGACAGUACCUAUGCUGCGAAUCGUCCUGCCCGAGCUGAAGAGACAGGGUUAUAGGAUCGUCACAAUUACGGACCUGGUCAAGUCUGUGGAGCCACUGGGUCGCCAGGGAUAAUCGAAUAAUCGGAGUUUUUGUUGGAACAUAAUCGGUCGGUCCUCGUUGUAUAGUAGAAGAGGAGCCUUGCUGAGAUUGGGUACAUGGCUACGGCCCUUUUAUACGCCUCAUGAGCGAGGCGGCGGCGCAUGUAUAAUAGAGUUAAAGGACAAUCUCCAAC